CUGUUUGAAUUGAAAUGAUCAAAAUAUUUGUAUUUGUUUAUAUUUUACAGAUGUUAUAACUUUAUCGAAUCUAACCUAGUUAUGCAUUGGAGAUGCUUUUUAAUUAGUAUUAAUACAGCAGGAAACAAACACCCAACAUGAUAAAUAAAAAGAGAUUUAUUUUGAUUGAUUUAAUUUCUAGUAUUGUUAUGGUAACUGGUAACAGAUUAGGCUGAUAUUUAAAAGGGUUGUUGUAUUUUAAAUCAUAACUCAUUAUUGACUGAAGACAAGUUCGUGUUUCCUUCAUAAGUGAAUUCAUUUUGCAAUGGAUAUGGGGAAAGAUCAAGGGUCUGAAGAUACCAUUAUAGACCUAAAAAAAAUGUGUCUUGGACUUCAGAGUUCUGACAGGAAAAUCAGGAAAGAAGCAUAUAUAAGUAUCGAAAAAUAUUUGAGAAGUCACAGUGAAUUGAGCAAUCAAGAACUUCGGAAUAUUUUCAGUGAGACAUAUAUGUAUACUUUGAAUGGCUUGAGAGAUAAAACAGAAUCUGUCCGAGAGCAGGCUAUAGAAUUUGUCAAGUUUUUGAUUAUUGAAAAAUUACCUAUUAAUGAUUAUUACUUAUCAUAUGUGUUUCCUUUGUUGGUUGAAAGAAUUGGUAGUGUUGAAUUGAUAGAGGAAUCAGAAGAAAUUCGCUUACAGAUGGUAAAGCUACUUGAUGCAAUUAUUACCAAAUAUUCUAAUACCAAUCAACUAAAACCAUUUCUAAAUGAUUCAGUCAUAAUAUUGGCUGAAGCAGUGAAGGAUAAAUUUCCAUUAAUGAAAGAGCUAAGUUGUCGACUCAUUUUGAAAUUAGCUAAUGCUCUCCCCAGAGAUUUUCAUUGUCAAGCCGGAAAUUUAAUCAAACCAGUUUUGAGCUGCUUUGGGCAUCAGCGAUAUAAAAUCAGAGUAGAAUCUAUAAAAGCUAUAGGUGAAAUAGUAAUGCAUUGUGAUCAUAACGGUUUGAAUGAAGUAGUAGGCCCUUUAGCAGAGCGACUCUUCGAUCAAAUUCCCAUUGUCAGACAAACUGUUGGCCAAGUGGCAGCAAGGUGGCUUUUAGAGUACAGGGAUCGAUAUUCAUUUUUUCACAAGAUUUUACCUCUGCUCCUGACUGGCUUGAAUGAUGAAGUGGUUGAGACUAGAAAUGAAGCUGCAGAAUUAUGGGAGCAAGUUGGAUUGCAGUUUCAAAAAGAAAAUGAGAAAGACUUGAAAGAUGAGUUAGAUUAUCUAAUUGACCUUCCCAAAUAUUAUCCCGAAAACAUAAUUCGUCCCAAUUUGGGCUGCCGAACAUUAGUGAAGCGUAAUGUAAGUAAACUGGCUUCCGCACUUUCACGGGAGCUGAUGAGUUGGCAAGAGGAUGUGAGAGUACGUUGUAGCCAAUUGUUAUGUGCGAUAGUACUACAUGCAGAAGAUGGUAUUACCCAAAACCUUCAGAGUCUUCUCCCAGCCAUGUAUUCAGCUGCACGAGAUGACGAUAAUCGAGUGGUUGACAAUAUUAUUCAAGCUAGCCAACUUCUUGGUUAUUUCGUGAGAUACAACGUUUGGUCUGACCUGAUUAUCCCAGUUAUUGAAGAUGGUGCCCAUUAUGGACAUUUGAUUGUACUGUCCGGGCUAGUGAAAGGAUCCCCGAAAGAGUACAUAGCCGAUUGUGUAGAGGAUAUUAGUAGGGUUUUAGCAGAAGACUCCAUCUGCAACAGUAGAAAGGUAUUGAAGAUUGUAUAUUUCGGUCUAUAAAUGAUGGAAAUCCAGAAACAUCAUUUUUCAGUUCAACAAUGUUAUUUUUCAAGUUCAAAUUUUAAACUCUCUCUUUUAAAACAUUGUUUUUUGUUUCCAGGAAGAUUUGAUUGAUUCUUGCUCUAUUAUGCCUUUAAACCAUCGAUGUUAUUUGGUCUCUUGUAGUUAACUUUCAAAUGACCCUACAAAAAUAGUCAAGUGGGGUUAAUUCGGGAGAACGAGCAGGCCAGAUCUGUGAUA